ACACACACACACACACACACACACAGGAACAUAUGUUGUUCUGACAACUAAUUGAUAUACAUAUUUUUUACAUUCUUGCCUCAGGUUGACAGCCAUGUUUACAGCGUGUUUGAGGCUGCUGCUGUUCCUUCCUUUGGUUUGCUGCAUCCCCUCCACCUCCUCCACCUCCAGAUCUUUGUCCAGACUCUGCAGACGAUGCUGCGACCAGCAGGAUCCCCCAGCAACCUCAUCUCAUUAUCAGAUGCCUGAAGUCAAAACGGUCAUCAACAUGACCAUCCUGAAAGGUGAUAAAGGUGACAAAGGAGACAAAGGCACUCCUGGAAAGCCCGGCCUGGAGGGCCCUUCUGGCCACAGAGGACCCAUUGGGCCUAAAGGCAGCAAAGGCCAGGCAGGUGCCCCAGGAGAUGCCUGCAAGAUACCUCACUCUUCCUUUUCUGUGGGGCGUCGCAAGGCCCUGCACAGUGUGGACUACUACCAGGCGCUGAUUUUCGACACAGUAUUUGUCAACCUGCACGAGCACUUUAAUAUGUUCAAAGGCAAGUUCUACUGCUACGUACCAGGGGUCUACUUCUUCAAUGUCAACAUCCACACCUGGAACUUCAAGGAGACCUACCUCCACCUGAUGCACAAUGACAAGGAGCAGGUGAUUCUUUACGCUCAGCCCAGCGAGAGGUCUAUCAUGCAGAGCCAGAGCGUCAUGCUGGAUCUGGCUCUGAACGACGAGGUCUGGGUCCGGCUGUACAAACGGGAGAGGGAGAACGCCGUUUACAGCGACGAUGUCGAUGUUUACAUCACCUUCAACGGAUACCUGGUGGCACCCAGCAUCCAGUAAAAGCACGAGUGGGAAUAAAAUCCAGAUUUGUGUUGGAUUAUUCACCGUUUUUCCCCCACAGACAUCAUUAAUCGGAGGUUUAAAAUGACACUGAGUAUUUCCUGCAGAGUGGAGAUUAAAGGAAGGGUGCUUCAUGUUCAAACCCAAUGAAAUAUUAAAAAGGAAGGCAGCACAUCACUAAAUUAGGGACAAAAGGUAAAAUACUUCUUUGCACUACUAUGAUUGUAGCAGCUCAAAUAUUUUUUGUGGGAAAAGACAUGAACAUUUCUGAGAUCACACAUCUUUGUGACUUCAUACAGAUUCAUGAUUCACCCCUAAAUAAUGUUUGAGUGGUUUGGACGAUUCCUGUGUUAGUUCAGAUGAUUCAACUUCUCAGAGAAACAGAUCAUUAGGUGUUUUUCCACAUAUCUAUAUUUUAUAUCUAUAUUUUAUCAUUUGCAGAUGUGUGUCACUAUUUCCCAUGGUGAAAAACCAUGUGAGCUGGCCAUUUGAAGCACACCAACAUAACGCAUGUGCUGUUUUCCUACAUGAGCACAUGAACACCAGGGCUUCGAAAAUGACACGUCGCAUGUUUUCUUUUUUUUUUUUUUUUGGUGUAAACUAAAAACUGCAGAGCAGUUUAUGUAAAUAAUUGUAUAUUAACUAUUUUAGCUAGUUUUCAGAUGUCAUACCACUAAUGCUGUUGGGGCUGUAAACAAUUUGAAGUCAUUUUUAAUCGCUAUUAUUAAAGUAAUUUUGGGUCCCGUUGUCAAUAAGCAACAAAUAACGCUCUUCAAUAUAAAAAAUAAAGGUUUUCUUAAUUUCCAAAGUGUCUUUACUUUUAAAAACUAAUGUUUUUAUAACCAAAUGUUCAUCACAUCACUGCUUUGACUGUUUCUUUAUUUUCUUUAAAUUCCUUAGAUCUGACACCAUCCAGCUUAGUGUUUGAGCUCACUAUGAAGCCGGUUAAAGCCGAGAGGGAAACAGUGUUUGAGAUUAAACCCUUUAAUUUGGCAGUUUUUCCAAAAUAAACAAACAAAACUCAUCUCAAACUCCCAGAAGCAGCGGAUGAGUCUGCAGCUCCAUCUGUUUGGCCAUACCUCCCUCAUUAGCUGUAAUUCCAUCUACAGGGAGGCUUUGCUAGGGAAACACACACACACACACACACACACACACACACACACACACACACACACACACACACACUGCAGCAUUGUAAAUACUUUAAGCUCUCAGUGGAGAUCUGCAAAGCUCUGUUGGGAAAAAAAUGGGGCAUAUUUCCUGGUUCGUGGACCCAGGAUGAUAGAGACUGUUCCAACAAGCUGUGAGCUGAGGUGAACACAGGAAGUGUUUAAUCUGACCUAGUUUGGGUUUGUAUAACUUUGUCUUGGUUUUGGAGAUAAAAUAUUGAUGUGGCUAAAAAACUAACAAUCUAAAUAUGCAUUUAAAGAACAAGUCACCCCCAAAUCAACGUUUUCUUUCCUGAUAAACUAUAUAAAUGCGUGUCUAAUUUUGCUGCAGACACGUGUUGUCAAUAGUUUUGCACUUUAGUGCAUUUUAGUUAAAAUUUUAAUUUUCUGCCUGAAACUGUCAGUGUUGUGCCGUUGUCAGGUAAAAACUGUACUGCAGUUGAAUGAAAAAUCUGCCAUCGCUAUUGGCUAAGAGGUACCCUAGAACGUUAGCUGGUACCAUAUGAUGUCACAAUGUCGUUGUGAGCCUGUGUGUGUAUGUGUUAGCGGCUCUGCCCUCUCGGUCAGCUAGGCAAAAACAUUUGUUGCAUUUUUCAAACAGGAAGCGGGGGUUGAAUAAGAAUCUGGUAGGGGGUGACUUACUCUUUAAGCAGCAAAAAAAAAUUCAAAAGCAAUUAGAUGAACUUGUGUGAUUGUACUGCAGAAUAAUUUAGGUUAAAAAGACAACAACAGAACCAAAAGCAAACAAAAAAUUUAAAAUAUCUUUUGGAUAUGUAUGCAACCAUCAUGUUUGUUGAAAAUGUUGGGUUAUUAAUCUAAAACAUAUGGCGGUUUAUUACCAUCAGUUCGAAGGGAAAAAAUGAAGUGAUCUUGUAAUAACGAGAAACUUUCUUGUUACAAAAUGAUGUUUAUAUUAUCAGAUAUAAGUUUCUCAAAAUAACAUAUUUAAUAACUUGUAAUAAUGAAAGAUUAUAAUAGUAAAAUGGCGGUUCUAAGUUUUGGAGUUCUACUCAGAACGAACCAGGCGACUAUUCCAGUUCCUGAUGUUAAAACUUUAGGAAGUACAACAGCGGCAGUUAAACAACAACCGGGAUAAAAGUGUCAAACAGUGAUGCUUGAAACAACAAGUUACGCUCGCUAGUUCUCUUCUCUGCCAGCUGCGCCAUGUACAUCCCGUUGCCAAGGCAACAGAAUGGCAGUUCUUCAUACCUAUUGUUUUUAAUUGUAGGCAAAUAACAUUAAAACACCCACAGACUUCCCACACAGAAAGAACAUGCUAAGGUAAUAUCAGGACAUACAUCAUUUGUGAUUGUGAAAAGAUUUCAACGUUUUUAAAUGUGAAAGAGCACAAACAGGAAGUCAAAUUUCAUGUUGAAAGCUGCAUCUAAACUACAAAGCAGAACUACCGCCAUUUUGCUUGGACAAGAAAUCGUGAGGACUCGGGCUGUUUUCUCCGUUGUUUUCAAUGUGGAGGACGAAAGUGUGGAGGAAUACGUUCUUCUGACUUGUUACUGCCUCUUAAAGAAGCUCUUUUUGACUCCAUUUAAUUGAGUUUCUUCUGGACGGGAUUCAAACAUCCUUGCAGGAUGUCUGUGUUUCACACGUUAGAGUUGUCUUAUUAUUACGAGAAAGUUUCUUGUUGAAACAAGAUUUAUAUCAAGUUUUAAUGAGUUUCUUGUUUUUACGGAAUAAUGACCUUUGAAUUUUUUCCCCGCACUGACUGUAAUAUGCUUCUGCACAAAAGCAUAUAUGGAAGCAACCAAGUAAAAUUAUUAAGCAUUAGCAGAAAUGAUCUUUAAUUUUCUCUGUACAACUGCCAAUUUUGACUCAUAAAUAAAAUUAAUUGGUAAUCCUC